AUGAAAGGGUACAGCGAAAGGAGAGGAGGCCCCGGAGCCAGGUCUGUGGAGCGGCCGGAGACCAGGACACGUUUUGGGGGAGAUUGUCGAGUUUGGUUAGCUUUGCUGCGGUGGCAGAUCCCAGAGCAGAUCCCAGAGCAGAUCCCAGGGCAGAUCCCUGGGCAGAUCCCAGAGCAGAUCCCAGGGCAGAUCCCAGAGCAGAUCCCAGGGCAGAUCCCAGAGCAGAUCCCAGAGCAGAUCCCAGAGCAGAUCCCAGGGCAGAUCCCAGAGCAGAUCCCAGGGCAGAUCCCUGGGCAGAUCCCAGAGCAGAUCCCAGGGCAGAUCCCAGAGCAGAUCCCAGGGCAGAUCCCUGGGCAGAUCCCAGAGCAGAUCCCAGGGCAGAUCCCAGAGCAGAUCCCAGGGCAGAUCCCAGGUCAGAUCCCAGAGCAGAUCCCAGAGCAGAUCCCAGGGCAGAUCCCAGGGCAGAUCCCAGGUCAGAUCCCAGGGCAGAUCCCAGAGCAGAUCCCAGGGCAGAUCCCAGAGCAGAUCCCAGGGCAGAUCCCAGAGCAGAUCCCAGAGCAGAUCCCAGGGCAGAUCCCAGAGCAGAUCCCAGGGCAGAUCCCAGGUCAGAUCCCAGAGCAGAUCCCAGGGCAGAUCCCAGAGCAGAUCCCAGAGCAGAUCCCAGGGCAGAUCCCAGAGCAGAUCCCAGGGCAGAUCCCAGGUCAGAUCCCUGGGCAGAUCCCAGAGCAGAUCCCAGGGCAGAUCCCAGGGCAUAUCCCAGGUCAGAUCCCUGGGCAGAUCCCAGAGCAGAUCCCAGGGCAGAUCCCAGGGCAGAUCCCAGAGCAGAUCCCAGGGCAGAUCCCAGGGCAGAUCCCAGGGCAGAUCCCAGAGCAGAUCCCAGAGCAGAUCCCAGGGCAGAUCCCAGGGCAGAUCCCAGGUCAGAUCCCUGGGCAGAUCCCAGAGCAGAUCCCAGGGCAGAUCCCUGGGCAGAUCCCAGAGCAGAUCCCAGGGCAGAUCCCAGAGCAGAUCCCAGGGCAGAUCCCAGAGCAGAUCCCAGAGCAGAUCCCAGAGCAGAUCCCAGGGCAGAUCCCAGGUCAGAUCCCAGGGCAGAUCCCAGGGCAGAUCCCAGGGCAGAUCCCAGGGCAGAUCCCAGGGCAGAUCCCAGGGCAGAUCCCAGAGCAGAUUCUAGUCCUGGUCUUCGGUCUGUGUCUGAGUCCUCCUUCUCCAUAUAGAAGCUUAUUCCCAUCUCUCAGAGCAGACUGCACUCCACGACUCCCGCGGCGGCGCUGA